CUGGAGUCUGGACGCCACCGGCCUCCCCUCCGACACCAGCCCGUCCAAUGAGCAGCGGAGGGGGCGGCGGCUUCAGUCCUCACGGGAGAAAGAACCAUAACAAAGCGGUGGCGACGACCCGAAUGGAAACAGAGACGAACUGAAGGAUAAAACAGACAGCUGCAGAAAUGGGCAAGUCCCAGUCACACUUGGCCAAACACAAGGGCGAGAGUCAGGACGCGCUGACCAAUGCCGGCGAGGAGGAGGACGGCAAAAAUGGAGACGUGUCUCAGUUCCCCUACGUGGAGUUCACCGGGCGGGACAGCGUGACCUGCCCCACGUGUCAGGGCACUGGCAGAAUCCCACGAGGUCAAGAGAAUCAGCUGGUGGCUCUGAUUCCGUACAGCGACCAGAGGCUCCGGCCAAGCAGGACAAAACGAUAUGUCACAAUAUCCGUGGCUCUCUGCCUGCUGCUGUCAGGUCUGGCUGUUUUCUUCCUCUUCCCUCGCUCCAUUGAUGUUUCCUACGUGGGCGUGAAGUCUGCCUACGUCUCCUAUGACCAGGACAAGCGGAUCGUCUAUCUCAACAUUACAAACACUUUGAACAUCACCAAUAACAACUACUACGCCAUCUCUGUGACCAACAUCACGGCACAAGUGCAGUUCUCCAAGACGGUGAUCGGCAAGGCCAAGUUCAGCAACAGCACGUUGAUCAUUCCACUGGAUGAACAGCAGAUCGACUACACAGUCCCAACCACCAUUGCUGAUGAGAUGAGUUAUAUGUUUGACUACUGCACUAUGCCGACCAUUAAAGUGCACAACAUAGUGGUCAUGAUGCAGGUGACAGUGACGACCACGUAUUUCGGCCACGCGGAGCAGGUCUCCCAGGAGAUGUACCAGUAUGUGGACUGCGGUGGGAACACCACCUCCUUGCACGGGCAUGUGCAGGUCUACCAAUAAGGGCAAGCGAGAGAGACCCCCGGUGUCACACACUUCUGUAUGUAACUCAGCUCCUCGGAGACUGACUGGGACGACUUCCAUGUAGGAGAUUCUUGCACAGUGUCAACGGAUUACAGGACAGCAUCAUAUCAUUUCUUAAAUUUGUCCCAGUGGCUCAUCCAUUUUUAAAUUCCCAACCACUUCUUGUUUUCCCCAUCCGCACGUCAGAUAUGAUGUUGAGAGGAGGUAUCGUGUGUUACUUUUCAAACCGGCUGUCAAGGCCAGAGUUGUUCAGGAUUCACCUGGAGGGUUGUCCUCAUCUUCCACCCUGGUGCUCGCACCGUGGAGCGAUAUAAUUUGAUAUUCACAUCAGUGGAGGGAACUCCAGUGGUUUCAGAUCUGAUUGCACUUUAGACCCAUUCCUUAUCUACAGAGAGUAAUACGAAUGUUGAAUGAAUGGGACAGGAAUGCUGUGAUUGUUUUUCGCCCACUUAUAUUCUCAGCCCCCUUUUGAUAAAGAAUACAAUAACUAUGAUGUGAGAGGGUGAG